UCAUGUUUCGAAACAGUCUCAAGAUGCUUCUUACAGGAGGGAAAUCAAACCGUAAAAACAGGUCCAGUGAUGGAGGGAACGAGGAGCCAGCAGAGAGAAGACAGACAAGUGUAGAGUCCCGCCAGAGCCGAUCUGGGCAAGGCACCUCCACAGAGAACGACUGUGCUUUUGAACCAGACUACGCUAUCCCACCACUCCCAGUGACCGAAGGUAUGCAGCACAUUCGGAUUAUGGAGGGCAUGUCCCGCUCCCUUCCAUCCUCCCCCUUACUCACACAUCAGUCUAUCAGUGUUCGGCUCCAACCUGUGAAGAAGUUAACUGCCCCUUUGAGGAAAGCAAAGUUUGUUGAGAGCCCUCGAAUCCCAGAGUCUGAGCUUGGCUCCCCAACACUUUCUUCAGCACAGAAACUGGACGUUGAUGCAUACUGCCCUGGUGAUACUGAGCAGGAGCUGGGACCCCCUCCAUCCGUCGAUGAGGCUGCAAACACACUCAUGACUCGCCUGGGCUUCCUCCUUGGAGAGAAAGUCACAGAGGUUCAGCCAGGGCCCCAGUACAGCAUGGAGGUGCAGGAUGAGAACCAGAGCUCGGCGGUCACGCAGCGCAUCAGCCCCUGCUCCACCCUGACCAGCAGCACGGCCUCACCUCCUGCCAGCAGCCCCUGCUCCACCCUCCCUCCUGUCACCACCAACGUCACCACCAAGGACUGCACCUACGGGGCUGUCACCAGCCCCACCUCCACCCUGGAGAGCAGAGACAGUGGCAUCAUUGCUACUCUGACAAGCUACUCAGAAAAUGUAGAACGCACUAAAUAUGGAGGGGAAAGCAGCAAAGACCUUGGAUCUGGAGGAAACCUGAAACCUUGGCAGUCCCAAAAAUCCAGCAUGGACUCCUGCUUAUACCGUGUGGAUGAGAACAUGACAGCUUCCACCUACAGCCUGAACAAAAUCCCAGAGAGGAACCUGGAGACUGUCUUGUCCCAGUCAGUGCAGUCCAUUCCUCUUUACCUUAUGCCACGGCCAAACUCAGUAGCAGCCACCAGCUCAGCCCACCUGGAAGACCUGGCCUACCUGGAUGAGCAGAGGCACACUCCCCUCAGGACCUCCCUCCGGAUGCCACGGCAGAGCGUGGCUGGAGCCCGCACACAGCAGGACCUCAGAGUACGUUUUGCACCUUAUAGACCUCCUGACAUCUCCCUGAAGCCCCUGCUCUUCGAGGUUCCCAGCAUCACCACCGAAUCCGUCUUCGUUGGCCGGGAUUGGGUGUUCCACGAGAUCGACGCUCAGCUCCAGAGCUCCAACACCAGUGUCAACCGUGGCGUGGUGAUCGUUGGGAAUAUUGGCUUUGGGAAAACAGCCAUCAUCUCCAGGCUGGUUGCACUCAGCUGCCAUGGCACACGGAUGAGACAGAUUGCUUCUGAUAGCCCCCACGCCUCUCCCAAACAUGUGGAUGCAAACCGAGAGCUGCCCUUAACCCAACCACCUUCUGCCCACUCAUCCAUCACCAGUGGGAGCUGCCCGGGGACUCCGGAAAUGCGGCGGCGGCAGGAAGAGGCCAUGAGGAGGUUGGCAUCCCAGGUCGUUGCUUACCAUUACUGCCAGGCUGACAAUGCCUACACCUGCCUGGUGCCUGAGUUUGUGCACAACGUGGCCGCCCUGCUCUGCCGCUCGCCUCAGUUCGUGGCCUACAGGGAGCAGCUGCUGCGGGAGCCUCACCUGCAGAGCCUGCUCAGCCUCCGCUCCUGCGUGCAGGACCCCAUGGCCUCCUUCCGCAGGGGUGUCCUGGAGCCCCUGGAGAAUCUCCACAAAGAGAGGAAAAUCCCUGAUGAAGAUUUCAUCAUAUUAAUUGAUGGACUAAACGAGGCUGAAUUUCACAAGCCAGAUUAUGGAGACACCAUAGUAUCAUUCCUGAACAAAAUGAUUGGAAAAUUCCCUUCCUGGCUGAAGCUGGUAGUGACUGUCAGAACAAGUCUACAGGAAAUAAUUAAGCUGUUGCCCUUCCACAGAAUAUUUUUGGAUAGACUGGAAGAGAAUGAAGCCAUAGACCAGGACCUGCAGGCAUACAUCCUCCAUCGGAUCCACAGCAGCUCGGAGAUCCAGAACAACAUCUCCCUGAACGGCAAAAUGGACAACACGACGUUUGGCAAACUCAGUUCUCACCUCAAGACCUUGAGCCAAGGGUCCUAUCUGUACCUAAAACUCACUUUUGAUCUCAUAGAGAAAGGAUAUCUAGUACUAAAAAGCUCCAGCUACAAAGUAGUCCCAGUGUCCCUGUCUGAAGUUUACCUGUUGCAGUGCAAUAUGAAGUUCCCAACGCAGUCUUCCUUUGAUCGGGUUAUGCCUCUCUUGAAUGUGGCAGUGGCAUCUCUGCAUCCAUUAACAGAUGAACAUAUUUUUCAGGCCAUUAAUGCAGGUAACAUUGAGGGCACUUUGGAGUGGGAGGACUUUCAGCAGAGGAUGGAGAACCUUUCUAUGUUUCUUAUCAAACGUAGAGAUAUGACGCGAAUGUUUGUUCAUCCCUCUUUCCGAGAAUGGCUCAUUUGGAGAGAAGAAGGUGAAAAGACCAAGUUUCUUUGUGAUCCUAGGAGUGGCCACACAUUACUUGCCUUCUGGUUUUCCCGUCAAGAAGGAAAAUUAAAUCGACAGCAAACUAUUGAACUGGGACAUCACAUUCUCAAAGCACAUAUUUUUAAGGGGCUGAGUAAAAAAGUUGGGGUAUCUUCCUCCAUCCUGCAAGGGCUUUGGAUCUCCUACAGUACUGAAGGUCUCUCGAUGGCUUUGGCAUCCCUGAGAAAUCUGUACACCCCAAACAUAAAGGUCAGUCGGUUGCUGAUUUUAGGAGGUGCAAACGUGAACUAUCGGACUGAAGUUCUGAACAAUGCUCCCAUUUUGUGUGUCCAAUCUCACCUGGGUUACACAGAGAUGGUGGCUUUGCUCUUGGAGUUUGGGGCCAACGUAGAUGCUGCAUCAGAAAGUGGCCUGACCCCCCUUGGCUAUGCAGCUGCUGCUGGGUUCCUAAGUAUUGUGGUGCUGCUGUGCAAGAAACGGGCUAAGGUGGAUCAUUUGGACAAGAACGGUCAGUGCGCGCUGGUUCACGCUGCUCUCAGAGGACACUUGGAGGUGGUGAAGUUCUUGAUCCAAUGUGACUGGACCAUGGCUGGGCAGCAGCAGGGAGUGUUCAAGAAGAGCCACGCCAUCCAGCAAGCUCUGAUUGCUGCAGCCAGCAUGGGUUACACUGAGAUUGUCUCCUACCUGCUUGAUCUGCCAGAAAAAGAUGAAGAAGAGGUGGAGCGAGCACAGAUCAACAGCUUUGACAGCCUUUGGGGAGAGACAGCUCUGACAGCAGCAGCUGGGCGUGGGAAGCUGGAGGUCUGCAGGCUCCUCCUGGAGCAGGGAGCUGCGGUGGCACAGCCCAACCGCCGCGGGGUGGUUCCGCUCUUCAGCGCCGUGAGACAGGGCCACUGGCAGAUUGUAGAUCUCUUGCUGACACACGGUGCUGAUGUGAACAUGGCAGACAAGCAGGGGAGGACACCACUGAUGAUGGCUGCAUCUGAGGGACAUCUGGGCACAGUGGAGUUCCUACUUGCACAAGGUGCCUCCAUUGCCCUAAUGGACAAAGAGGGUUUGACAGCCCUCAGCUGGGCUUGUCUGAAGGGACAUCUCCCCGUGGUGCGUUCCCUGGUGGAGAACGGGGCUGCCACUGACCACGCGGAUAAGAACGGACGCACCCCGCUGGACCUGGCAGCUUUUUAUGGAGAUGCAGAGGUGGUUCAGUUUCUGGUAGACCAUGGGGCCAUGAUUGAACACGUGGACUACAGCGGGAUGCGUCCCCUCGACCGGGCAGUGGGGUGCCGCAACACCUCCGUCGUUGUCACCCUCCUGAAGAAAGGAGCCAAGAUAGGUUGUCAGACGUUACCGAGUCGCCCACGAGGUCCAGCAACAUGGGCGAUGGCAACCUCCAAACCAGACAUCAUGAUCAUCCUGUUGAGCAAGCUGAUGGAGGAGGGAGACAUGUUUUAUAAGAAAGGUAAAGUGAAAGAGGCUGCCCAGCGCUACCAGUAUGCUCUGAAAAAAUUCCCCAGGGAAGGGUUUGGAGAAGACCUGAAAACUUUCCGGGAGCUGAAGGUCUCUCUCCUCCUCAACCUCUCCCGAUGUCGAAGGAAAAUGAAUGAUUUUGGAAUGGCAGAGGAAUUUGCUACUAAAGCCCUGGAGCUGAAACCGAAAUCUUACGAAGCUUACUAUGCAAGAGCAAGGGCCAAACGCAGCAGCAGGCAGUUUUCAGCAGCCCUGGAGGACCUGAAUGAGGCCAUCAAGCUGUGUCCCAACAACCGUGAGAUCCAACGGCUGCUGCUGCGGGUGGAGGAGGAGUGCAGGCAGGUGCAGCAGCAGCAGCAGCAGCAACAGCAGCAGCAGCAGCAGCCACCGCCGCCGCUCCCGGUGGAGCCUGAACCUGAAGCCCAGCAUGAAGAGCUGUAUUCUGUGCAAGACAUCUUUGAGGAGGAAUUCCUUGAGCAAGAUGUUGAGAACGUUUCUAUUGGCUUGCAGACAGAGUCCAGGCCAAACCAAGGGCUGCCCAUCAUCCAGAGCCCACCCCCCUCCCCAGCUCACAGGGACUCGGCCUAUAUUUCUGGCUCACCUCUUGGCUCUCAUCAGGUCUUUGAUUUCAGGUCCAAUAGCUCCGUGGGUUCACCAACCAGGCAAGGGUAUCAGUCCACGUCUCCUGCUCUGUCUCCGACGCACCAGAACUCGCAUUACAGACCCAGUCCUCCCCACACCUCCCCUGCUCACCAGGGCUCCUCUUACCGCUUCAGCCCGCCUCCAGUCGGAAGCCAAGGGAAGGAAUAUCAAAGCCCACCACCUUCUCCUCUCCGUAGAGGUCCUCAGUAUCGUGCCAGCCCCCCAGCAGAAAGCAUGAGCAUUUACAGGUCCCAGUCCGGUUCCCCGGUUCGUUAUCAGCAAGAACCUAGUGGAGUCAGCCAGCUCCCUGGUAGACCAAAGUCUCCGUUGUCCAAGAUGACACAGAGGUCUUUCCAGAUGCCCCAGCUCCCCGUGGCUGUCCCACAGCAGGGGCUGAGGCUGCAGCCAGCCAAGGCCCAGAUCGUGAGGAGCAACCAGCCAAGCUCUGCCGUCCAUUCCAGUACUGUAAUCCCAACUGGUGCUUACAGCCAGGUUGCCCACUCCAUGGCCACCAAGUACCAGUCGGCUUCAGGGGAAAUGGGGGUCAGCCAGAGCAGGUUGGUCUACCAGGGCUCCAUCGGGGGCAUCGUGGGGGACAGCAGGCCAGUGCAGCACGUUCAGGCGAGCCUCAGCGCGGGAGCCAUCUGUCAGCAUGGAGGGCUGGCUAAAGAAGACCUUCCUCAGAGGCCGUCCUCGGCCUACCGGGGGGGUAUGAGGUACAGCCAGACCCCCCAGAUCGGGCGCAGUCAAUCCGCUUCCUACUACCCCGUCUGUCACUCAAAGCUUGACCUGGAACGUUCGUCCGUUCCCGCCAGCCAGCUGGGCUCUCCAGACGUCUCUCACCUCAUCCGAAGGCCCAUCACGGUUAAUCCCAGCGAAAUCAAACCUCACCCCCCGACUCCCCGGCCUCUGCUCCAUUCGCAGAGCGUUGGCCUCCGCUUCUCUCCCUCCAGCAAUAGCAUCUCCUCCACCUCCAACCUGACUCCCAAUUUCCGCCCCUCCGCUUCGAUCCAGCAAAUGGAGAUUCCUCUCAAGCCAGCUUACGACCGCUCCUGCGAUGAACUUUCACCGGUCUCCCCCACGCAGGGGGGUUAUCCCAGCGAGCCAGCCCGUUCCCGGACCACCCCCUUCAUGGGAAUCAUAGACAAAACGGCUCGGACUCAGCAGUACCCCCAUCUCCAUCAGCAGAACCGGACCUGGGCUGUGUCCUCAGUGGACUCUGUCAUCAGUCCGACAUCUCCUGGCAAUCUGCCCCAGCCGGAAUCCUUUAGCCCGCCUUCGUCAAUCAGCAACAUUGCCUUUUAUAACAAAACCAACAAUGCACAGAAUGGCCAUUUGCUAGAGGAAGACUAUUACAGCCCCCAUGGGAUGCUGGCCAAUGGGUCCCGGGGAGACCUCCUGGAGAGAGUCACCCAAGCCUCCUCAUAUCCCGACGUCAAGGUGGCAAGGACACUGCCUGUGGCACAGGCCUACCAGGACAACCUCUACAGGCAGCUCUCCAGGGACUCCAGGCAAGGGCAGACAUCCCCAAUCAAACCAAAGAGACCAUUUGUGGAGUCUAAUGUGUAAAAGACGCUUGUUGGAGUAAGACCCUCAUGUUUUCAGCACACACUUCCAAGCUUGAUUUCCAUGCAUAUUAUUAUUUUUAUUUCUCUUUGGUAGCUACAUGACCAAGUUUCUCCGGUACUUUGUGUGGUGGUCAGACAACCAUGCACGUGCUCCAGCCUUUCCGUUCCCCAGCUGACCGUCAAGCCAACAUCAGCCAAGCCAGUACCAUUUGCCCAAUUCCAGCUCCAUUCCCAACCAGGAUAUCUUAGCACGUGGUGCGGGGUGGUCCAGAAAUAUCCCCUACGCAGUGGGAGGUAAUCAGCUCUUUUUCAAGAGACAGUUUGAUUUAAAUCAGUUUCUUUAUAUCUCGAUGAGCUCUUACUCAGUUCUGAUGGGAAUUCCCAGCGGGAGCAGGGCAGGGAGCAGAGGAGCUUUGCCCAAGGCUGCAUCAGCAGCUCCCCGGGCCAACUGGGUCUGUUGGCUCUUUGCCCCAAGGAGCAAAUCCUCUGCAGCAAGUGAGAGCACGAGGUGUUUCCAUACCAAGUAGCCUAUGCACAACAACAACCACCCCCAUCCUGCUCCGUCGGGUUUAGAGCAGUUUAAUCCCAAUUGGAUUCCAGCGGGAUUCAAUCGUAUUGCUGGCCAGGAGGGGUGGGGAUCACUCUGGGCUUUGCUCCUUCCCAUGCUGCCUACCAGCUGCCCUGACCCUGAUGUGCUCUGGGGCAUUUUGCAAGCUUUGGGAAAUUCAAGUUGCCCUUUUGUAGGUGUCUUAAUCAGCCGAGGAGAUUGGCCAGAAACCUCUCACGUGUGGACUGAGAUUGCAACAAGUUCUGCUUCACACUUGCGGUUAGCAGGGGACCACACCUCACACUCACCACCCCGUUGUCACCGUUUUGUGUUGGGGGUUUCAUACUGGGGGGGUUGUUUGGUUGGUUUUUUUGUUUGUUUUGGUUUUUUACUUGCAAGGUAAUCAUAGAAUGGUUUGGAUUGGAAGGCACCUUGAAGAUCACCCAGUUCUGACCCCUCUGCAUGGGCAGGGACACCUUCCACUAGAUCAGGUUGCUCAAGGCCCCAUCCAGCCUGGUCUGCAGCACGUCCAGGGAGGGACAAACCACACCUGCUUUGGGCAGCCUGUUCCAGUGUCUCAUCACCCUCAGAUUAAAGAAUUUCUUCCUUAUGUCUAACCUAAAUCUCCUCUCUUCAAGUUUUAAACAGUCCCCCCCUUGUGCUCUCCCUCCACACCCAUGUCAAAAGCCCUACCCCAGCUUUCUUGCAGCCCCUGCAGAUACUGGAAGGUUGCUAUAAGGUCAUCUCAGAGUCUCCUCUUUUCCAGGCUGAACAACCCCAACUUCCUCAGCCUCACUUACACCAACUCCUGGGAGCAUUUUCAGUGCCGAGCAAGAGGAGCGGUGCCUCAUGGUGUCAACAAAGGGCUGUGCCAACCCAUGGCACCCCUCUUGAACCAAAUCAUGGGGGCCAACCUCCACUGGAACCACAUCCUCAGUGUGACAGCAGCUACACCCCUUGACACCAGAUCAGGAUUUGGCCUUUUAGCAAACCCUGGCUUCGAUGGGGCUUUCGUCCUUUUGGCUUUUACUCCCUGUGUGGGGAUCACAUCUCAUUGCUGUCUCAUUGCCUCGUUUACUUGGAGCAAGCUGGGAUAUGCACACCUUGGGGAUGAUGGAGCCUUGUGUCUCAUAGACACUCUGAGAGUGUUCAGGGAGGUGUUUCCUCCAAGGGGUUUGGUGAUUUUUGUGCUCUUUUCAGCUAUUUGCCAAGCCAGUGUUUGGAUUGAGGUUUGCCUUUUCUUUCCCGAGGUGCCCUCCAGUGCUUUAUUCUUUGCUUUAUUGUCUGUGAAGUGGGGGGUGACUGGGGGACCCCUCAGCAGGGUGAGUUCCCCCUGGCCAUGGGAACACUCUGGCUCCAUGCACCAUUUUUCUCCAUGCAAAGGGUGUAUGAUAGGUUUGGGGUUUUUUCCUUCCUCUCUUCUGGCAUGUUCUGCUUUGUAAGGAAUAACCCAUUUCUGCUCCUCCACAUCCACCUCAAGCUAGGACAUGCAAAUCUUUAGGGCUGGAGCAGCACCCGUGGCUUUUUUCAACACCUCCCAUCCUCCAGCUUUCUAAUAGAGUGAGUGGCUUUCUACCUUUUAUUUCUUCUUUGCUUUGAAAGGGAAAAGUAACCAAAUUCAGCCCUGUCCUUGUUUUGGGAUCCAGGAGCCAGUUCUCUCUCCUCUCUCCAUGGGAUGGUCCCAGAGCAGCAGUGCAAGGACUGCCCCUGGUUUGCUUUCACCACUCACUGCCCCGUGCUCCCAGUCCACAUCAUCCCUCACAGCACUUCUGUGUCUAAUUUUUGGGUCUAUGAAGAUGUUUUAAGGGAAAAAGAAAACAGUUCAAGCUUUUAACACAACCACUGA